GUGGGCCUGGCUAAAGGUCUGAAGGCGCGUGGUAACGUAGAGGACUGGCUGGGUAAAGUAGAGGAGGCCAUGUUCUCUUCCCUCCGCCGCCUCAGCAAGGCCUCCAUCGCUGACUACCAGAGUAAAGAACGAGAGGAGUGGGUGGUGGCUGGACACCCCUCACAGGUGGUGUUAACCAUCAGUCAGUUGAUGUGGUGCAGAGACCUGGACGGCUGUCUGGAGGGAGACCACGACCACUUCAUGGCCCUGCAGGACUUUGAAUAUGUCAACAUUGAUAGGCUGAAUGCCCUAGCAGCCCUGGUUCGAGGCCAACUCCCCACCCUGCACCGUAACAUCAUCACAGCUCUCAUCACCGUAGACGUGCACGCCAGGGACAUUGUCACAGACCUCGUGGCCCGGAAGGUUGACUCCAGCAGUAACUUUGAGUGGCAGAGGCAGCUGCGUUACUACUGGGACUUGGACCUAGAUAACUGUGUCGCCAGGAUGGCUCUGUCCACCUACAUCUAUGGAUAUGAAUACCUGGGGGCCUGCCCUCGCCUCGUCAUCACCCCACUCACGGAUCGUUGCUACCUGUGUCUGAUGGGGGCUCUUCAGUUAGACCUUGGUGCUCCAGCAGGCCCAGCUGGAACAGGGAAGACGGAGACCACUAAGGACCUGGCCAAGGCUCUGUCCAUCCAGUGUGUCGUCUUCAACUGUUCUGAUGGACUGGACUACAAGAUGAUGGGGAAGUUCUUCAGUGGUCUGGCCCAAUCAGGGGCCUGGUGUUGUUUUGAUGAGUUUAACCGCAUCGACAUCGAGGUGCUGUCUGUCAUCGCCCAGCAACUCAUUACUAUCCGCAAUGCCAAGAUGGCCAAGCUGUCCAGGUUCAUGUUUGAGGGCAGAGAGAUCAAGCUGGUGAUGACAUGUGCUGCCUUCAUCACUAUGAACCCGGGCUACGCUGGACGCACUGAGCUCCCUGACAACCUCAAAGCCCUGUUCAGACCCAUAGCCAUGAUGGUGCCCAACUAUGCCCUGAUCGCUGAGGUGAUCCUCUACUCUGAGGGUUUUGAGUCCAGUAAGACUCUGGCCCGUAAGAUGACCCAGAUGUACAAGCUGUGUUCUGAGCAGCUCUCCCAACAGGACCACUACGACUUCGGCAUGAGGGCCGUCAAGUCUGUCCUCGUCAUGGCAGGCUCUCUGAAGAGAGAGAACCCCCACCUGAGUGAAGACGUGGUUCUGAUCAGGGCUCUGACUGACUCCAAUCUGCCCAAGUUCCUCACAGACUGAUGCUGACCCGCCCAUGGCAUCAUGUCUGACCUGUUCCCUGGCGUGUCCAUCCCUGAACAUGACUACGGUGUUCUCCAAACCACCAUCCUGGAGUCUCUAGUGAAACGCAACCUGCAGCCCCUACCGAGCAUGACGCACAAGGUGAUCCAGCUGUAUGAGACCAUGAUAGUACGUCAUGGUGUGAUGUUGGUGGGUCCUACAGGUGGAGGGAAGACCACGGUCUACUCCAUCCUGUCUGAUACCUUAGAUACCCUGUGGCAGGCUGGCCACGGGAAACACAACCCCUUCUACCUCCCGGUCAAGACAUACGUCCUCAACCCCAAGUCUGUCACCAUGGGAGAGCUCUACGGAGAGGUGAACAUAUUGACCCUGGAGUGGCGUGACGGCCUGAUGGCGCUCAGCGUGCGAGCGGCCUGCAACGACACCAGCGAUGACCACAAGUGGAUCGUGUCGGACGGUCCGGUGGACGCGCUGUGGAUUGAGAACAUGAACACGGUCCUGGACGACAACAAGAUGCUGUGUCUGGCCAACAGCGAACGCAUCAAACUGACCCCGUCUAUACACAUGGUGUUUGAGGUCCAGGACUUAUCGGUGGCGUCCCCAGCCACAGUGAGUCGCUGUGGGAUGGUCUACAUCGACUCUAACGAACUCAAAUGGAUGCCCUAUGUCCAGACCUGGAUCACUGGCCUGGCUAAAAAGCUCCCUGAAGCAGUGUGUGUGUACCUGUUGGCGUUGUUUGAGCAGUACGUGGAGAAGGGUCUUCAGUUUGUGUGGAAGCGCUGUGUCCAGGCCAUGGGCCAGGUGGACAUCAGUAAGGUCACUACCCUCUGCUGCCUGUUGGAGGCGCUGCUGCUGGGAGACGGAAGACCAGACCUCAAGAUGGAAGCUAAGCACCUGAACAGUGUGUUGUGUCAGGCGUUUGUGUUCUGCUACCUGUGGUCUGUGGGGGGUAACCUGACUGACAGCCACUGGGAUGCCUUCGACAGCUUCGUCAGACAACAGUUUGAAGACAAUAAUGACGCCAAGCUGCCCAGCUCGGGGGACCUGUGGAGUGUGUUCAUGGACUUCAACCACAAGCGUCUGGAGCCGUGGGAGAGGAUCAUCCCCUCCUUUAGGUACAACAAGGAACUGCCCUUCUUUGAGAUGCUGGUUCCCACCACCGACACGGUGCGUUAUGGCUACCUGAUGGAGAAGCUGCUGUCUGUAGGACACUCUGUUCUCUUCACCGGCAUCACCGGAGUAGGAAAGUCUGUGGUGGCCCGUGGUCUUCUGAACAGUGUCCAGGAGAAGGGAGGCUAUGUUCCCGUCUAUAUCAACUUCUCAGCCCAGACCACCUCGGCCAGAACACAGGAGAUGAUCGAGUCCAAACUGGAGAAGAAGAGGAAGAACAUUCUGGGUGCUCCUGGUAACAGAAAGAUAGUGAUCUUUGUGGAUGAUCUGAACAUGCCUAAAUUGGACACCUACGGCUCCCAGCCUCCAAUAGAACUGCUCAGACAGUUCCAGGACUUCCACGGCUUCUACGACCGAGAGAAGUUCUUCUGGAAGGAGAUCCAGACAGACGACAGACAACCAUGUCAAGACAGCACCCAGAGUAGUCACACAAGACAUGACCAUCCGGCCUGCGCUCCGCCUGGAGGGGGCCGUAACCCGGUGACCCCUCGUUUCAUCCGCCACUUCAGCAUGUUGUGUCUGCCCACUCCCUCCGAACACAGCCUCAAACAGAUCUUCAAUGCCAUCCUCAGUGGUUUCCUCAGUGAGUUCCCCCAGGCGGUGAGGUCUUCAGCAGGCAGCAUCGUAGACGCAGCAGUAGAGAUCUACCACCGCAUGUCUGUGGACCUCCUGCCUACACCAGCCAAGUCCCACUACGUCUUCAACCUCAGGGACCUCUCCAAGUGUGUCCAGGGUAUGUUGCAGUGUGAGCCAGGCACGGUGAGGGAUCAGACUGGGAUAUUCCGUCUGUUCUGUCACGAGUGUCAGAGAGUGUUCCACGACCGCCUCAUCAACAACGAAGACAAAACCUACUUCAACACCAUCGUCUCUGAGAUGGCCAGCAAAUAUUUUGGCUUCAAUUUAGAACCCAAUUACUUUGUGACCAAACCCAUCAUAUUUGGAGAUUUCAUCAAGGUGGGUGCAGAGAAGGCAGAUUAUUCCCUGUAUGAGGACCUAACAGAGCCAGAUAAGAUCAGGGCUGUGCUCCAGGACUACCUGGAUGACUACAACAUGACCUUCUCCAAGGAGACCAAGCUGGUGUUCUUCCAGGACGCUGUAGAACACGUCUCCAGGAUAGCGCGUAUGAUCCGCCAGGAGCGCGGUAACGCCCUAUUGGUGGGCGUGGGGGGCACGGGGAAACAGUCACUGACGCGGCUGGCGGCCCACAUGUGCGGCAUGCGCUGCUUCCAGAUAGAACUGAGCCGAGGAUACAACUACGACAGCUUCCACGAAGACCUGAGACGACUGUUCAAGAUGGCUGGGGUGGAGGGCAAGGACAUGGUGUUCCUCUUCACUGACACACAGAUCGUGGUGGAGGAGUUCCUAGAGGACAUUAACAACAUGUUGAACAGUGGAGAGGUGCCCAACCUGUUUGAGAAGGAUGAUCUGGAGCAGGUCCUGGCUGCCACACGGCCCAGAGCCAAGGAGGCCGGCAUCAACGAGGGAAACCGAGACGAGGUGUUCCAGUUCUUCAUCUCUCGGGUCAGAGAGAAGCUGCACAUUGUGUUGUGUAUGAGUCCUGUAGGAGAUGCCUUCAGGUCCCGCUGUCGUAUGUUCCCCUCUCUGGUCAACUGCUGCACCAUCGACUGGUUUGUACAGUGGCCCCGUGAGGCCCUCCUCUCCGUGUCCCAGACCUUCUUCCAGAACGUGGAGUUUGGCAGUGAGGAGAUGAAGGAUCGUUUCAGUGAGAUGUGCGUGGAGAUCCACGUCAGUGUGACAGACAUGGCCGAGAGGUUCUACUCUGAGCUGAGACGACGCUACUACACUACCCCCACCUCUUACCUGGAACUGAUUAACCUCUACCUGGCCAUGUUGGGGGAGAAGAGACAGCAACUAGUGGCUGCUCGUGACAGGGUAAAGAAUGGUCUGACUAAGCUGUUGGAGACCAACGUAUUGGUGGAUAAGAUGAAGGUAGACCUGUCAGCUCUGGAGCCUGUCCUCAAACAAAAGUCUAUAGACGUCAACGCCCUCAUGGGGAAACUAGCCGUGGACCAGGAGAGCGCCGACAAGGUGCGUAAAGUGGUGAAGGAGGAUGAGGCCCUGGCCAAGGUGAAGGCUGAGGACACCCAGGCCAUAGCAGCAGACGCCCAGAGGGAUCUAGACGAGGCUCUGCCCGCUCUGGAAGGUGCCAACAAGGCCCUGGACUCACUGGACAAGGCAGACAUCUCAGAGAUCAGGGUCUUCACCAAACCACCUGACAUGGUUAUGACUGUCAUGGAGGCCGUCUGCAUCCUGCUGGGCAGCAAACCAGACUGGUCCAGUGCCAAGCAGGUGCUGGGUGACUCCUACUUCCUCAGGAAGCUGAUGGAAUAUGACAAGGAAAACAUUAAGCCCCAGAUCCUCCAGAAGCUUCAGAAGUACGUGAACAACCCGGACUUUGUCCCUGAGAAGGUGGAAAAGGUGUCCAAGGCCUGCAAGUCCAUGUGUAUGUGGGUCCGGGCCAUGGACCUCUACUCCAGAGUCCUCAAGGAGGUCGGACCCAAGAAAGAAAGACUGGCAGCCGCACAGACGGAGCUGAACGCUACCAUGGCAACCCUGAAGGAGAAGCAGGCCCAGCUACAGGAAGUACAGAACAAGAUUAAGAUCCUCCAGGACCAGUUUGACCAGAGCAUCGCAGAGAAGGAGGGUCUGGCUAAGACCAUGGCUCUGACCGAGGCGAGGCUGGGCCGUGCAGGGAAGCUGACAGCAGCUCUGGGGGACGAGCAGGUUCGCUGGCAGGAGAGCAUCGAACUGUUUGAACAGGAGAUCCAUAACGUGGUGGGAAACGUCUUCAUCGCUGCAGCCUGUGUGGCGUACUACGGAGCCUUCACAAUGCACUAUAGACAACUGCUGAUAGACCAGUGGAUUGUGCGAUGUCAGGAGUUGGGCAUCCCCAUCAGUGCCAGCUUCAGCCUCAUCAACAUCCUGGGCGACCCCUAUGAGAUCCGCCUGUGGAACGCCGAGGGGUUGCCCCGGGACACCGUUUCCACUGAGAAUGGAAUCCUGGUUACCCGUGGACGCCGCUGGCCACUCAUGAUCGACCCUCAGGAUCAGGCCAACCGCUGGAUCCGUUCCAAGGAGACCAAGAACGGUCUGAAGGUGAUCAAGCUGACCGACUCUGGUUUCCUGCGAACCCUGGAGAACGCCAUCCGCAUGGGCAUGCCCGUACUGCUGGAGGAGCUGAAGGAGACUGUGGACCCGGCUCUGGAGCCCAUCCUGCUGAAGCAGACGUUUGUGGCGGGCGGCCGCACCCUCAUCCGCCUCGGAGACUCCGACAUUGACUACAACAAGAAAUUCAGGUUCUACAUGACCACCAAGAGCCAACCACACUACCUGCCUGAGGUGUGUAUCAAAGUGACCAUCAUCAACUUCACUGUGACCAAGUCUGGUCUGGAGGACCAGCUUCUCAGUGACGUGGUUCGUCUGGAGCGUCCUGACCUGGAGGAACAGAGGAACCAGCUGAUUGUGAGGAUUAACGCCGACCGCAACCAGCUGAAGGCCAUCGAGGACCGCAUCCUCAAACUGCUCUUCAACUCCAAGGGAAACAUCCUGGACAAUGAGGAGCUGGUGCAGACCCUGCAGGAGUCAAAGGUGACGUCAGAGGCCAUUAAGCAUCGUUUGGAGGAGGCCGAGGCGACAGAGCUGAUGAUCAACGCAGCCAGGGAGCGCUACCGGCCCGUGGCCACACGAGGCUCCGUCAUGUACUUUGUCAUCGCCAGCCUCUCUGAGAUAGACCCCAUGUACCAGUUCUCCCUCAAGUACUUCAAGCAGCUCUUUAACUACACCAUAGAGAUAUCAGAGAAGAGCAGUGUUCUGGAAGAGCGCCUGCAGAUCCUCCUGGACCAGACCCUGCUCACCAGCUACACCAACAUAUCCCGUGGCCUGUUUGAGCAGCACAAGACCAUCUACAGCUUCAUGCUUUGUGUGGACAUCAUGCGUCAGCAUGGCGAGGUCACUGACGCAGAGUGGCAGCACUUCCUGCGGAGCGCCCCACUUGACAAGGAUCAUCCAGAGAGGCCUGAGGUGCCAUGGCUGUCAGAGUUUACCUGGCAGACAUGCUGUGAGCUGGAGGACACUCUGCCCUGCUUCAACGGCAUCAAGGAGAUCACCGCCACACCCAUCUCUAUAAAACUAGGUCGUCUGGAAGUGUGUUUCAACCCAGAGAACUGGCAGGGCUACGUGUCUGACUCCCAGCUGCCUCCCUACUCAGAGGAGAUGUCUGAAGAAGAGAAGGAAAAGGCAAACGGGGUCAGGGGUCACUGGGAUCAGAGACUGGGGGCCUUCCAGAAACUGGUGCUCAUCAAGAGCUUCAUGGAGGAGAAGGUGGUGUUUGCGGUGACAGAGUUUGUGAUCGUGAGCCUGGGGAAACAGUUUGUAGAGAACCCUCCUGUUGACCUGGCCACUCUCUACGGUGACAUGUCUCCCUCCACCCCCCUGGUCUUCAUCCUCAGUACCGGAUCAGACCCCAUGGGAGCCUUCCAACGCUUCGCCAAGGAGAGGGGAUACCUGGACAGGGUGAGGUCUAUCUCUCUAGGUCAGGGUCAGGGUCCUAUAGCUGAGAAGAUGAUUCUGGAAGCUCUGAAGAGCGGUAACUGGAUCUUCCUCCAGAACUGUCACCUGGCUGUGUCCUGGAUGUUAGCCAUGGAGGAACUUAUCAAGACCUUCACUGAGCCGGACACGGUGAUCCAUGAGAACUUCAGGUUGUUCCUGAGCUCCAUGCCCACCAGACACCCUGUCACCGUCCUCCAGAACUCUGUCAAGGAGAGGAAGAAGUUUGGUCCUCUGGGUUGGAACAUCCGUUAUGAGUUCAACGACAGCGACAGAGAGUGUGCCCUGCUCAACCAGAACCUCUACUGUCAGACUGGUCACAUACCCUGGGAUGCUCUCAUCUACAUCACUGGGGAGAUAACCUACGGAGGCAGGGUGACUGAUGCCUGGGACCAGCGCUGUCUCCGCACCAUCCUCAAACGGUUCUUCUCUCCUGUCACCCUGGACCCAGGGUACACCUUCUCCACCUCAGACUACCCUGAGAUCUUUGGUAUGCACGAGAACGCCAACCUCGCCUUCCAGGUACAGCCUCGGGGCCAGCCCGCGGGGCGGGGGCAAGAGCAACGACGAGAUCGGGCCCACGAGCUGGCCGACACCAUCCUCGCUAAGAUCCCGGAGUGUCUGGAUAUGGAUGAGGCAGCAGAGGCUCUGUUUAUUCGUGACGCCAACGGACGCCUCAAGUAACUCCUCACCACCGUCCUCGGACAGGAAGUAGACCGCUUUAACAGCCUGCUGCGGGUCCUCAGGGUGUCUCUGUGUACCCUCCAGAAGGCUAUAGCAGGGCUGGUGGUGAUGUCAGAGGAGAUGGAGAGGAUCUACACCAGUUUCCUCAACAACCAGGUUCCAAACCACUGGAGCACCUCAGCCUACCCCUCCCUCAAACCCCUGGCCAGCUGGGUUAAAGACCUGGCCCUCAGGACCUCGUUUGUGUAGAACUGGAUCACUCGGGGUCAGCCCAAAUCCUUCUGGAUCUCUGGACUAUUCUUCCCUCAGGGCUUCCUCACUG